ACGAAAAUACUGUAUUUGGGGUUGUUGAACCCUUAUGGUAUCAACUUGCUACCAGCUAAGCCAAUUUGUGUUUUAGAACUUUUGACGAGUUGUUAAUUAAUAUUGGUUACUUGGAUGACUUGAUUGGAGAAAUGUAUUGCUUGACAUUGAUAGGCUUAUAUAUAUAUAUCUCACACACACACACACACACACACAUCGCUGAUUAUCUUCGAACAGUCACAUAUCUGUCCUCUAUGGUCUGUCACUCAUUCACCUGUUACUCUUCAACAGGUAGCAUCCGAUACAGUAUCUGUAAUAGUCCUGUCUUUAUUUAGACGCUUAUUAGCGUAAUUUGAGUUUCAAAGCUUCAUUUUGAUGUGGAUAUAGACCGCCUAUAAUUAAAUUACUUUUAAUCGCGACAGAUUUAAUCAUGUACGGAUCCCGCAGAACUUUAUUAAUCGUCAUUCUUUUAACGGGCUUCCUUUUCGCAUUAUAUUAUAUUGACGUAGAUUUUUGGAGUAAAACUUCACUGCCGACAAUGAGAUUCUCAAAUUGCUACCGUGACCCAGAGAUCCAGACUUUCCCAAACCAAAUAUUGGGCCUUUUCGUAAUGAGAAUCCAGCACCCUGUACUUGCCAAAAGACAAAUCCAGCAAACCAGUUCGUGUCAGAAGACGAUAUGGAUGACCUGCAGAAACGCCGGGCAGAAGAGUUCAGACAACACCAGAUCAGAUCAGGUAAAGAAAAUGAUGUUCUUCUUCUCGUCCCGGCCAACACACCGCUCCAGUAUCCGAUGAGAGGAUUCAGAGUAACUCCCAUGAAUAAAACACUCAUUCCUGGUCUAGCCCUGCAAACACAAAAGAGAGCGGUUUACAAGGUUUCUCUAAGGGUGCAUAAAGGAGUGCUUUCAGUGAUGAAUGUCCAGGAAGGAGAGCAGGUGGAGGGCCAGAAUGAGCAACAUCUGAGCAUCUCAUCCAGCAGCCUCCAACAGCUCAACGACCUGCUGAGCAGACUGACCUACACCAGCACCAUCUACCACAUCAAGACCGAAGACCUCGCGUACUUCUCUUUUGAGAAUCAUGAGGUCAUAUUCCCGAUUGAGAUCAGACGUUUGUCAGUUCCUGUUCUGUUUGACCCGGGGAAAGAUGUGAACUCUCAGGUGACUGUGCUAGUAAAAGCAUUUCUGCGUUACAAAGAACUAAAUGUCCUCAUCAACAGUAUCCGUGUGAACUACCCAAAAAUAAAGAUCAUUGUUGCUGAUGACAGUCUGAACCCAGAGAAGGUGGUCGGUGACAAUAUAGAGCACUACAUAAUGCCCCCAGCACAGGGCUGGUUUGCAGGAAGAAAUCUGGCAGUGUCGCAGGUCACCACUAAAUAUUUCCUGUGGGUGGAUGAUGACUUUGUGUUUCUCAAUGAGACGCGCAUUGAGAGCUUUGUGAACAUUAUGGAAGCCGUUCCUGAACUAGAUGUGGUUGGUGGUCAGGUAGAAAGAAAUAAGUUUGUCUUCCAGCUGCAAUACGAGGAAGGGAACAGCGAGGAAGGCGGCUGUAUCACGCGUGUCACUCGUACCCAUGCGCCCCUGCCGGGUUUCAACGGCUGCUUCUUUGCAGAUGGAGUCGUCAACUACUUCCUGGGCCGGACGGAGGCUGUGCGGAGGGUCGGUUUUGACCCGUUCCUCAAAAGAGUGGCUCACACUGAAUUCUUCAUUGAUGGGCUUGGAGAUUUAUUAGUUGCCACCUGUGAAGGUCUCAGAAUUGGUCAUCAAAAACACAGUUCCACGAAGAAGUACAAAUUCUACAGGCAUCCUCCCAAAAGGGAUUCACAGGCAAAAAUGACCCACCAUUUUUUCAAGAACCAUCUGAAAUGCAUCAAAUACUAAGGAGCAUUUUAGGUGAAACAUGCCAUUCCUCACACCUCAUUAAUCAUUGGAUUUUUUAAUUUUUUAUUUACUUUACAAAUCAAAGGGUUGGAUUUACUUAUUCACAUGAAAGCUUUUUUCUUUUUUUACCAUGGAAUAAAAAAUGUGCUACUUUUCAAAAAUCUGGGCGUUCUUAUCGCUAUGUAGUUCUUCCUUGACCUCUCUCUUAAUGUUAUGGCAUGAUUCCCGACACGUUCGUACGCUAAGUAUAUAUUCUGUAAGUCACACUUUCGUAAGGUUGGUCUGGACCAUUCGUAAGCUCUCUCUUAGCGUUGUUU